GUCACAAUCACAAUUAGUCGUGGGUUUGUCGACUGCUGUCGAGCCAUCAUUCACAUUCGUGUUGGACUGGACCGUCGCGAGUCUCUACAUCGACCCCUCCUCGUACAUCACUCUCACGACUCAUCACCUUGAAUAGGCCGAUUCUGGGUGGCGAAUACGCGCAAGCACCUUUCCUACAAACUUCGUCCCGAGCUCAACCCAACCCAGCCUUGCAAAGGUAAGGUCCAACGCCUUGCCAUACCUGUCCAUCCCAUCCUCGCUCUCCUUCUCAAAUCAGGUUCCUUGCGCUCUUGCGCUGCGAACGGCCCACCCCGGCAAUCUACCUCAGUAUGUCUUCUCCUCGCACCAAUGCUAUUUCUCCCGCGCCUAGCCAUGGCACAGCAGCUACAUUUGGCCAUGGCGGUGCUCCCACAAACGGUUCCACGCUGCACCCUCCACCGGGUGGCGUGGCUCCAGCUCGUUCAGUGAGCGGUGCGAGCGCCUCUUCUCGUAGGGACACCAUCCAGCCAGCCGCCCCUCCCCACGUCAUCGAUGGGCCUGGUGGAAGACUGCUUUGCAUUGCCGAUGUCAGAGGCAACCUCUCUAGCUUGAAUGCUCUUGCUAGAGAACACAAUGCUCAGGCGAUCAUUCACACUGGUGACUUUGGUUUCUACGAGCAAGCUUCUUUCGACCGCAUCAGUGACCGCACCUUGCGCCACCUCGUACAAUACUCGACCCUCAUAUCGGCUUCGCUACGCCAAAAGCUCCUCGGAAAUGACCCUUCGCGCCCUGGAGCCCCUCCUGUCGCUUCUGUGCGGGCUCAGUUGCAAGCUCAGAGUGCGAGCCAAGGCACCGGUACACUUCUUUCAGAAUUGCAGUCCUUCCUUUCCGGCUCCCUCGCCUUCGACGUGCCCGUAUAUGCGGUGUGGGGAGCCUGUGAGGACGUUGCGGUGCUGGAGCGCUUCAGAACGGGAGAGUACAGCGUGCCCAAUCUCCACGUCCUGGACGAAGCCAGUAGCCAUGUCUUGGAGGUGGGCGGCGUAAGAUUGCGUUUGUUUGGACUUGGCGGAGCUGUCGUCCUUCACAAGCUGUUCGACAAUGGCGAUGGCUCGGCCACGAUUGCGGGCGGGCAAGGCACGAUGUGGACCACGGUUCUGCAGAUUGGCGAGCUCAUCGACACCGCGCAAAAGUGUUACGACCCGACCGAGACUCGCUUGCUGGUCACCCACGCCUCGCCAGGUCGCGAGGGUUUGCUCGCACAGCUUGCCUUGGCAUUGAAAGCUGACUUGACCAUCAGCGCAGGCUUGCAUUUCCGUUAUGGCGUCUCGUACAACGAAUUCAGCGUUCAGCACGACACGGAAAACUUCCGCAACAAGCUUUUGCACUCCAAGACUGCCUUCAACGAAGUCUGGGAAGCGGUCAAGUCGCAGGUGGAGAGCGUCAUCGACGAUGCUCAGAGAAUUCUGCUGAACCACGCGCUCGCUGUGACCAACAAGAUUCCUCCCGUCACGACUGCGACUGGCGCAGCUGCCGAGGAGCCUGCAUGGAAGAACACUUGGAAUUGGAACUUGCCAGAUGCUGCCUACGGGUCCUUGGUGCUCGACAUCAAAGAUGGUAGAGUCAGCGCCGAGACUCGAUCUCAAGGUUUCAACUUUGCGUACAGGCGCUCAAACAUGCCCAUGAGCGCCGCUACGCCCGUCGCCACCCCUGCCAAGAGCAUCCCCCCUCCUGCCGCACCGGCGGGUCCUACGCUCACUGCAUCUCCCGGCAAAAGCCCGUUGGCGGCAGCUCCAUCCAACAAUGCGCAGCCACCUACCCAGCCAGCAGCAGCCAAAGCGGCACAGUCGAGCGCCACACCCACCAAGCCUGGAUCGCACCAUGGCAAGAACCACAGUCACGGCGCCUCUUCGCUGAAGGGUGAAUCAGCUCAGAAUAGCGAUACCGGCAACAAGCAAGAUUCGACGUCCGGUACGGCUUCCAAGCGUGGAGGCAAGGCACGCAGGGGCAGGGGCGGUGGUGGUAAUGCUAGCGGUCGAUCCGACAACGAGGGCACGGGUCGAUCCGACGCCGAAGGUAGAGCCUCUGGCAACGAGUCUGCUCGCAGUCGUGCUGGAGGAUCAGCAGCAACGCCGACCACUCCCAACACGCCAGCAAAUGGCAAAGCGGAUUCAAACGCUGCCGGGACUGACGGAGGUGCAAAGAGCGGCGAUGAAGGCGCCAAGAAGGAAGGAAGUGGAGGCCAGAAGAGGAACAACAACAGCAACAGAGGCGGAAAGAAGAACAGGGGAGGUGGUGCUGGUGGAAACGCUAGCGGCGCACCUCAUCAAGGUGGCGGCAGCAACAAGAAGGUCCAAAAUGACGGAGGAAAGGCAGACGGCGGCCCCAAGCAACCCGUUGUUCCUACCAGCUGGGAGUGACCGAACGAGUGCACAUUGCCUUUCGUAGCUGAGAGCGUUGGCUCCCUCCUUGUGUCCUCAUUUGAUUCAAACAAAGCGCCAAAGCGAUGGACGUUGCGAGAGAAGCCGACAUCUCGUCCAAUCUUUGGCUGCUGCGCUCCUGUACUCUUCGCGUUUUUUCAAACAAAAUCCGAAUCUCCAUUCGGGGCUCCUUGCACGCACGACACGCGCGUCUACCUACACCAUACCAUCCACACAUUUUCUCCCCGACGACUGACUCUGCCAGAUCAUCUCGCGCGUGCCUAGCCACGCCUUUCUCAUCACAAUACGCCUUUUUUUUUCAAGACCAAAUGUCAUCCGGUUACCUUGUG